AUGGAAGAAACGAACCAACAACACAUCCACGACGUUCUGAUAGUAGGAGCCGGACCCUGCGGUCUAGCCCUCGCAGCUCGAAUUCGCGAGAACACCCCCGGAGCCCUCUUUACCGAAUCUGAACACCAAAGAUUCCACUGGAUGAAAGCCUCCUCCACCUCAAAACUGAAUUCCAAACCCAUCCGCACAUCUCGACGCUCCAACACCGCACCCGACCGUCUCCUCUCUGGCCCGCAAGUUCCCGAGGGAGUCGAUAUCAAGGUGUUGGAUGAGAGUGGUGAUAAGUGGAUGGCGGCCUGGAAUGAGCGCUUCGAACGUCUGAACAUAAGCCAUUUGAGAAGCCCGAUGUUCUUCCAGAUUGACCCUAAGGAUCGCGAUGGACUACUUGGGUUCGCGCAUAGAGAGGAGAGGGAGAAUGAGUUGAGGGAGAUUAAAGGUGUUGUGGGGAAGGAUUUGAGUAAGCAUCAAAGGAAGCAGAGUUUGAAGAAUGGGUUAGUUGUUUACUACUGUAUUUCGCUAAGUGGAGGGAAGGGGGAGCUAAUGUUUUGGGUGCUAGGGCGAAAUCUCAGGAGACGAGUUAUCUUGAUGAGCGCGAUAGGAAAGAUAUGUUUCGACCUAGUCAGGCGCUUUUCAAGGAGCAUUGUUGGGAUGUUGCGAGACAUUAUGGGCUUGAGGACGUGGUCGAGAAGUCUCGUGUCACGUCUGUCUCUUACGAGUCUGGUUCGACUGGGGAACCGGGGAUCUUUACUGUAGAAACUUCUACCGGGGUUAAGAAAGCGAGAGUGGUGGUUUUUGCUACUGGGCCUUCGGCGCCGCCUGUUUUACCGCCAAGUUGCUCGUUCUGUCAUGAGCGGAAUGAGGGCGUAUCUCAUGCUUUUGAGCCAACGGCUUUACCAGACUGUGUACUCCCUGUACCGAUACUUGACAAGAUCAAGGCUGGCGAAGAGAUCACGGUUGGUGUUGUUGGUGGGGGAUUGACGAGUGCUCAGAUUUCGGAUGCGGCUAUUAAGCGAGGUGUCACGAAGGUCCAUCAUAUCAUGCGAGGACCGAUGAAGAUAAAGCAUUUUGAUAGUAAGUCAUCCCCUACCUACCUUCUCACACCUCGAAAGUCUAACAACAUUUGUACAGUGGAUCUCUCCUGGGUGGGGAAAUACAAAAACUUCCACCUCGCCAGUUUCUGGUCCGCAGACGUAAGUUUAAGUUUCCAAGUUUUUUGAGUAGAAGAGCUUUUAUUAAAGGAUUUUAUUUAGACCGACGAAGAACGCUGGGAAAUGAUAAAAGAAGCCCGAAACGGCGGAUCCAUAACCCCCGAAUACAAAAAGAUCCUCGAAAACCUAAUCAAAGCCGGCAAAGUCAAUCUAUACAAAUACACCGAAGUCAUCGACGCCACUUGGGACGCCAAUUCCCAAAUGUGGACCCUCAUAACCUCUCCCCCAAUCCCCGAUCUAAAAGUCCACCACAUCGUCUACGCAACCGGUAUCCCAACCGACUUCACCCAAAUCCCAGCUCUCAAACCCUUACUCGAGAGUGCCCCAAUCAAGUCCGUGGGCGGUAUUCCAUGUUGUACGAAUGAAUUGAUGUGGAAUGACGAUAUCCCCUUCUUCUUUACGGGCAGACUGGCGGCUUUACGGCUGGGACCUGCGGCGCCGAAUCUGGAUGGUGCGAGACAGGGGGCGGAGCGGAUUGCGGGGAAGAUUGCGGAGAUCUUUGGGAGGAGACGGAGGGAUAGUGGGUAUGCUAGUGAGGCUGCGGAUGGGGAGCGUGUUGAUAUGAGGAGGCUGGGGUUGGGGAGGGAUAAUCAGUUUGAGGUUCUUGCUGCGUUGGAGGAUGAUUCUUCUUAG